AUGCCUGAAGGCUCUGAUUCCCAACACGUGCCCACGCCCGACGUCUUCCCUUCGGAGUUCGUGCCAGAGCCCCCAUCAGAGCCUGCUUCAGAGUCCGCGCCAGUCAACACGUCCACGUUGUGUUUGAGAGCGUUGGAGGUUCACCACGGUGCUGAGACUUGGACCUUGAAUCGCAUGAUGGACUGGGCUGACAGUGGGCGUUUUGUCCUCGCAAUCGAAAAAUUGUCACUGCAUGCUCACUUUUACGACGACUGGACGUAUGCACUCUACGAUAUCCUGGCUCGUUCCGACGAGUUACGUUCGCUCGAAAUCAUUGACUACAAUUCCAUAGCGACGUAUCUGGGCCCCUUGGACUUCUCGAACCUUCAUUCUCUACAGGACCUCACAUGUGAUGUAAGGCUCCCUACGGACAUCGCAAGGAGCGUCCUUCCUCACAUCGUCGAAUCCAUUGCGACGUUGAGAUCACGCUCCUUCCACUCUCUUGUGAUCAGCGUUCGUGCGCCGGGGUCACCGCUAGAGGAUUUCUUGCGUGAGAUGGGGACUGCGUUCAACAAGGUCGUCAUUGAUCGGCUCACAGAGCUGCACCUGAGGUACGAGAAGAAACGAGAACCGCUUGACGUGAAUCUAGACGACUUGACGAACGAGCUUUUCGGAGCACUGAAAAGGCGCGGGGUCGCGGUGAAACUGUUCACGGAGAGUUAUGAUCAAUUGCUAGCACCGAAACAGUAGCUAUCCGGAGCAGUUCGGUCGGGUCGGUUGCAGGGAAUAUAAAAACUCAGGGCUACUGCAGAUUCAUACGGAUGUACACAGCGAUUACCCUUCGCCGUCUCGUCUUCCGGUUUCUAUCGUCCGAAUAGUCGACUGAAACACCUGAACUUGUACAUGUACCAGAUCGACCCGAGCGCCUCCCUUGAGGCUUCAGUUUACGAGGGCUCCGGCCCUCCCAGCCUCCUUCCGGGCACCGUCGCUUUCAAACCUUCACGACCAUACCAAACCUUUGGCGUCAGUCUAUCCCUUGCAUUCCUCGCAUCGCAGCCAAACCAAUAUCCGACGCUGGACCCAGACGCUACUACCGGUGUUGCCACCUCAUAAACGUAACCUCAGUAUGGCUCGCGGAUCGUCGAUUGCAGCGACUUCCGG